AUGGAUGAUGCUGUUGCAACACAACGGCGCUGUUGGGUGUUGCCUCCACCUGAGUCACACCUGGAACGUGAGCUAGAGGCCAACGACCUCGGUGAAAGCGAUUGCCGGGCCUCCGCAUCUUCCGCCUCUGCGGCACGCAGAAGUGGAGCCUCCGGAGCGCGGGAGCGCAGCGAGCGGGGCGAGCGCCCGAGCCGCACGGAGAAGGCACCACAUCGCCAAUCCUCUGUCGCAAGCGACCGAUCUCGAAGAUCAGGAGUUGGCAGAAGCCAGAAUGAAAGUCGAGGACUUUCGGCAACCAUCAACCUUGGAAGCUCGAGGCAAUCGCAAAGUGAGAGUGGCGCAGGCGCCCCUUUAUCAGCUAGACGCCGGAAUGGCGCAGCGACCAUGAAUGGCGCAGCGACCAUGAAUGUGGCUACGGCCAGCAAAAACAAUUCCGCUGCGAACGGCAGAGCAGCAAAUCCAGGCACAGCAGCAGCUUCGAGGCAAGCACGGGCUCGCUCGCAAGAGGUGCCAUCUCGCCGGACUGCUGGAGCAGAGCCAACGGUGCCGAUCAGCCAGCUCAGGCGCGUCGAGGCACAGCUCGACAGCUUCCGCACUCGCAACGCAGCUCUGGAGGGCGAGGUCGCCGGGCUGCGAGCAGAGGCUCAGGCUGUAAAGCAAGGGCUCGAUGCAGAGAUUGACAGGCUUCGGCAGGAGCUUCAAAGCAAGGACUCCCAACUCCAGCUGGAGAUGAAGAAGCGGCAAGUCACCUCACUGGUGUUGCCCGGCGAGCAGAACAAGGCUCUGCAAACCAUAUUGAACUCGUGCCGAGGUGGCAGCAUGCAGCUGCCUGCUGCAGUUGUUUCGUUUUCGCACCAAGCUCCACUAUCGGCCCACAGUCCUGCGAAACUGGCAACUCCGCGGACUACUCCUCCACAGGCCGUUGCACCAAUGUACACUGCCUCCCCCAGCUUGCAGCUCAGACCGCUCAGAGGAGAGCCAACCGUGGUGAGCUUCACCACCGGCGCCAACGCAACCCAGCAUUUCGGGAGCAUGGCUCUUCAACGGCUGACGCCUCGCCAGGUUUGGACUCACGCUCAUACACCGAAUUACCCUGCGCACGUUUGA